CUUGACAGGUAGGCAAAAGUAAACUGUUGAGUAUAAAUUCAAUGAAUAGUUGUAGUUUAUUUUUACUUGAUACUUGAUCCUGUUAAUUUUGGUAUCAAGGUGUACUGGUUUUGCCAAGUAAAAAUUCUAGCCAAAAUGUCUUCAUUUGAGGAUCAGAAUCCUGAGUGUCCCUUGUGUAUGGAACCUUUGGAGUUGGAUGAUAUAAACUUUUUUCCUUGCACUUGUGGGUAUCAGAUAUGUCGAUUUUGCUGGCACCGAAUUAGAACAGAUGAAAAUGGGUUAUGUCCAGCAUGUCGCAAGCAAUACCCUGAAGACCCCGCAGACUUCAAACCUCUAACGCAAGAAGAAUUGCAGAAAAUAAAAAAUGAAAAGAAACAAAAGGAUUUGCAAAGAAAGCAGAAAAUAUCAGAAAACAGAAAACACUUGGCAAAUUUAAGGGUUGUACAGAAAAAUCUAGUGUUUGUUGUAGGUCUACCUCCAAGACUUGCAGAGGCAGAGGUGCUAAAGAAACAUGACUAUUUUGGAAAGUUUGGGAAGAUACACAAAGUUGUUGUCAAUCACAGCACUUCAUAUGCAGGCUCACAGGGUCCAAGUGCGAGUGCAUACGUUACAUACUAUCGAGCAGAAGAUGCUCUUAGGGCUAUCCAAGCCGUAAAUAACAUACAUGUUGAUGGUAGAACAUUGAAAGUGUCACUAGGGACAACAAAGUACUGUAGCCACUUCCUGAAAAACCAGCAAUGUCCUAAAGCUGAUUGCAUGUAUUUACAUGAAUUAGGAGAUGAAGCAGCUAGUUUUACAAAAGAAGAAAUGCAACAAGGAAAGCACCAAGAAUAUGAAAGAAUACUACAUGAACAAGUGCUAGGAAGUUGUAGUCAUCUAAGUAGGAGGCUUGCUUCUUCCCCUACAAACAAUACAAGUCAUGGACAAACGGGCCACAAAGAAGGUUGGUCAACAUUACAACACAAAACUGAUCAUAGGACCAAUGGUUUAACAAAGGGUGCUGUUCUGUCCCCUCAAGGAGGAGGGCAAAAGUCAUUGGGAGGUGGUCGUCAGAGUAGUAAAAAACAUGACUCGGGGGAAGAAGGAAGGAAGGGGAAAGGAAGAGAGAGAUCAUUGGAAGAAAGUCUGUCCAGGGGAAGCAGUAGUCAUAGUAACAGUAGCAGUAGAGAGUCUCUUCACACAUUUAGAUCUCAAGCGACUCCUCCAGUACCAAGUUUUCCCCAGCAGUCGUGGAGUCGUGAACCGGAUUCCAACCCUGGGACAAAUGAGGAGACACUUGAACCAUCAGACUGUAAAGCAGAGAGUUCAACUUUGCAGGCAUAUUGUAAUAUAAUUGAGAACCAGUCCCCUCCUAUGUGUGAAACACCAAAGCUUGACUCUCUUCAGAAUGAACCUACUUCUGCAUUGUCUACAUACAAAGAGCUAGAUGAUUCAGAAGAAGAUUGGUUAAAUCAUCCAGAUCUGGCUUUUCAUUCGGAGAGCAUUCCAGUAAAUAGUAGCACGGAUUGGCAAGCAGCCUUUGGGUUCAGUCCAUCUAAUCAUAAACUUCAUGAUGAUGAGUUAGGUUUUGAUCCUUGGGAUGAAUCAGCCAAAGGACUAGCUGAUCUCCUUGAAAAAGAAGCCAUACAAAAACCAGAACAACCACCAGAGCUAAUAAAUCCCAGACUAGCAUCAGUACAACAUUCUUACUCCCAUUUGAUGAAUGCUAAGGGUUAUCCUAACCAUUUGUUACUCAACCAUAACCAAGAACUACCAACACGAGUUGCUCCUCCACCCCCAGGUUUUGGUCCUAACCAUAUCAACAAGCUUGUAAAUAUUCCCAUACCAGCAUUUUCUUCAGAAACUUCCUCUAACAAAAUGACAUCCUUAAUGAACAUGCCUCCAAACCACCACAUAAUGAAUGGGUAUAACUCAUUUCAGGAACAAGUUCCCCUUCCUUUGCAGGGGCUCAACAACCACAUCAAACAUUUGCCUGUACAUAGUAUGCAAUCUCUUAGACCAAAAAUAGGUAAUGCACUGAACAUGAAGGACUGGCAAGAAAGCUUACGUUCUAUGUUCCCAAAUAUCAACAUAAGUUUUGGACCCCCAACCACUCAGGGACUACCACCACCCAAUGCCCCCCCAAAUCCUAAAGUCCACCACAUGUGGAAUCCUUAUGGACCAUCCUGGGUUACUCAAGAUCCAGCCAUUCUCUCCUCAGGAAGUAUUGCAGACUGUCGUUCAGACAGUCCUCCACAUUGGACAAAGUCACUUCAUCAGCUAACUACAGAAGGAGGAACAAUGAAUAAUUAUAACCAUCACAUGCCGUUCCCUAUGCCCUUUGCCUACAGAGCAACACAGUGGCAAGGCAUCCCCCAGUCUCCCCCACCUGGUUUCAGUCCACCCUUUCAGCCCUCUUUGAAAUCAACAGAACCCCAGACACUUGCUGAACAUUUAUAGAUGUUUACAAUUGACGCCUUUAACAUCGAGGACUAUCCGACAAGAAAUGAAUAUAAAAAGUUAUAUAAAGUCUGUAGUAACCUUAUGGUUGUGUAUAAUAUUGGGGCAAGUUCCCUCAAAUCUUCUCUAUCUGCUUUUUGAUUUUUUUUAGUGACCACUUACUCAGUCCUAUUUUUUCCUGAAUGCUAACAGUAGCUAGCCGGUGUCUCAGUUUGCCAUUGGAUGUGGUACUUGCUUUUUUUUCGUUCUGUUAAGUUCGCAUCAGAGAUACUUUAUUUAUGUGAUAGAAUGUAUUAUUAAAAUAAUAAAAAAAAAAAGCUCUAAAACUAAAACAUUAUGAACCCAGUUGUUAAAUUAAAAUAUAUGAAAGCAGCUAAA